AUGGCUUCCACCAAGAUCUCCCUCAAGCUUCUGGUCAACAACAAGACGAAGAAAGUGCUGUUCGCGGAAGCAGGGAAGGAGUUCGUCGACUUCGUCUUCAGCCUCCUGACGCUCCCGAUCGGGGCCGUGGCGAAGCUCGUCUCCGCCGGCACCAUGCACGGCAGCGUGGGCCGCCUGUACCAGAGCGUGGAGCACAUCGGCGCGUCCUACCUGCAGCCCGGCACCGACAGGUCCGACCUCCUCCAGCCCAAGGUGCUGUACCCGGACGCCCGCGAGCUGCUGCUCCUCCAGGGCGGCGGCGGCGGCGAACCGGCGCUGGCCAGGUUCAGGCUGUCCACGUGCGCCGGGUACUGCGCCACGGCGACCAUGGAGGCGAAGGCCACGUGCCCGCAGUGCAAGCUUGUCAUGUCCACGGAGGUGGCCUUCGUGCUGCCGUCGUCCGCCGCUGCGGCGGCGGGGUCGUCGUCGUCCUCCGACGACAGCGGCGGGUACGUCAAGGGGGUGGUCACCUACAUGGUGACUGACGGACUGGAGGUGACGCCCAUGUCCGCCAUCUCCAGCAUCACGAUGAUCAACAAGUUCACCGCCGGCAAGGACGUCGAGCUCGCCGAGAAGUUCGUCACCGUCGGCACGGACGAGGGGCUGGCUCUUCUGAAGGCCGCGCUGCGUUCGGACACGGUGCUCUCCGACGUCUUCCUGGCCAGGAAGAAGUGA